AUGGCACCUCGGCUGCCAGCCCGCUGCUGGCGCCAGCUCGCCCUUCGACCCUCCCCUAUAACACCAACCACCACCCUCCCGCGGGCCUCUCUCCCCCUACCCACCCGAUCACAAACCCGCCUCCUCUCCUACACGCAAUUCCGCACCCGCAAAUCCGGCUGGUCGACCCUCCCGCCCCGCGCAAAGCCGCACCGCUUCAACCAAGUCACCUCGGGGCUCCCGGCGCCCACCACCGGCCCGGCCGCCGCCCUUAAGCGCAAGGAGCGCACCACGCCCGUACGCGCGGGCGUGCUGGCCGUCAAGAAGGGCAUGACUGUUUUCAUGGGCCGGACGGGCGCGCGCAUCCCCUGCACCGUCCUCCAACUCGACCGGGUGCAGACCGUCUUCAACAAGACGCGGCAGAAGCACGGGUACUGGGCCGUGCAGGUGGGCAUGGGCGAGCGGCAGCCGGGCAACGUCACGGCGCCGCUGCUGGGGUACUACGAGGCGAAAGGGAUCGCGCCCAAGGAGGUGCUGGCCGAGUUUCGGGUGCGUGACGAGAAGGGGUUGUUGCCCGUGGGGGUGCAGCUGUUGCCGGAUUGGUUUCAUGUGGGGCAGAGGGUGGAUGUGCGCAGUUAUUCGAGGGGGAUGGGGUUUGCGGGUGGCAUGAAGAGGCAUGGGUUUUCGGGGCAGGAGGCGAGUCACGGUAACUCGAAGAAUCAUCGCACGAUUGGGUCGGUUGGGCCGAGUCAGGGAAGCGGAUCGAGGGUGUUGCCGGGCAAGAAGAUGCCCGGGCGGAUGGGCAAUCAGCGCGUCACGAUUCAGAACCUGCCGGUGCUGAUGGUGGAUAAUGACCUUGGGAUUGUGGUGGUCAAGGGGUGCGUGGCAGGCCAUAAGGGCGCGGUGGUGAGGAUUCAGGAUGCGUGCAAGAAGGACCCGCCGCCGGAGGAUUUUAUCGAGAAGACGAGGAAAUUGCUCGAGGAGCGGUUUCCCGACGCCGAGGCGCAUCUGCAAGCGGCAAGGGAACGGCAUCUGGAGCUCAAGGAGGCGCGGCGCGAGAAGAGGAUAGCAGAGCUCAUGGCUCAGGGCAUGAAUCCGACUGAGGAGCAAGCGAAUGCGAUUGAGCAGAUCAUUGCGGCCAGCGCGCGGGAGGACAUGGCAGAACGCGCGCCGGCUGAGUUCUAG